UUCGGUCGAUUAGAGUUUGAGUUGAAUCAUUUUUUUACCGUUGUUUUUGUGAUUUUGUAAACUAAUCGAUUAUUUAAAUCUAGUUAGUUGAAACUAAUAUUAUAUACAUUCAAGUGAAUUUUUCGUGCUGAAUUUCGUUGGUGAAUCGUUUUGAGAAAAAAAAAAAAAAAAAGAACUAAGUUCAAAACGUAAAGUUUUCAACAUAAAAUUGUAAAAUCAGAGAACAUUCAAACAAUUUGCACGCAAGAUUUGGCGAACUUUUGAAUAUGGAACGAAGUUUAACGUCGACAUUAAAAUCAACUCCGUUUUCAAUAAAUGAUAUUUUGACAAAAAACAAUACGACAAUAUUUCGUCGCUGUAGUUCUUCGGGGCAUUUGUCUCCAAUCGAUCGUAAAUCCAUGCAUGAAAGUGAAUGUGACGAGCCGUCGGAUGAGCUCCCACAACAUCUCGUCAACUCAAUGAGAUUCUUCAAAUAUUCGGCGCAUAAUUAUGAACACGAUGGAAAUAUUGAUCAAUCAUCUCUACGUCAUUCUGCUCAAAAUUACUUAUUCAACAACAAUAAUGGUGGUAAAACUCAUAGUGCAAACGAUGUGAAAUCCAAACGGGACUCUAGUUCUGAAAAGAAAUCCAUAAAAUAUUACAAUUUUCCAUUGAUGUUCGAGCGACCAUUAGACAUGAGACGGUGUGCCGAUGGUGACGAUUCAGAUUGUGACUCACUUCCACCGACGAAAACAAAUUCAUCAUACGAGGCACAUUCCAACAAUAAAACACUGCGACGAUCACCAUCACUCGGGGACGACACAUUAACAUUAAAGCGUAAAAAGCGAUCACGCGCCGCUUUUAGCCACGCUCAGGUGUUUGAAUUAGAGCGUCGAUUUGCACAACAGCGCUACUUAUCCGGGCCUGAACGAUCUGAUCUCGCAAAAAAUCUUCGACUAACAGAAACACAGGUUAAAAUUUGGUUUCAAAAUAGACGCUAUAAAACCAAACGAAAACAAAUUCAACAGCAUGAAGUGACGGUUUUGAAUGCGACAAAACGGGUUCCCGUUCAGAUUUUGGUACGCGAAGAUGGAUCCUAUGGUCACAUGCUUAUGCCAUCGAAUGGCACACCAUCGACAGCGGUCAGCAACGGAUCAUCGAAUACAACUGCUGUUGCUCUUGCUGCAGCCGCAGCCCACUAUGGACAUAACAUUGACCAUCCAACCCUUUUGAACAUGUAUCGUCAUCAAAUUCAAUUGGCUUAUGGAGUGCCGAUGCAUGUUCCAUUUCCAUAUUUUUAUCCACCGAACGGAUCAAAAGGGCAUAAUUUUUCAUCAACCAUCAACGAUAGUGAAAUGAAAUCAAAUGUUCGACGUGGUACGACAUCGCCUGAGAAUUCAUCGUCUCCUAUUAACUUCUCAUCAACAAUCCAAAAUGCCACAUUCAACAAUCAUUUGAGCAAAUCCGUGGUGGAUUUUCGUAUGGAAAGUUCAUGUCGUUCCAGAUCUGUGUCGAAUGAGGAAAAAAUGCGGGAUCAACCAGACGAAGAUAAUAUUGAAGUCGAUUAAAACUUUACAUAAAACAAUUGUCACAUUGAUCAUCCAAAGAACAUUACAAAUAAGAGAAAUUGUAACGCUAAGCAUAAAAAUGGGAAUACAGAUCUGUUAUAGCAAGAACCGGACGUGAAAAAAAAAAUUGUUUCUUAAAAAAUUUAUUCAUUUAUCAAAGUGAUUUCGAUGUGCCGAUAACACCAAUGGAUUGGGCACACAAAAUGC